AAAUCGCAAUAAAACACGUUGGUGGCGGCUGUGGGACAUGUUGGAGCUUUGACCAUUCUUAGCACCGAACACAUCUGCACGCAUAUCAAUGGCACAGAAACCCGUGAAAUACUCUCUGGUGGACGUAUUUGCUGAGUCAGUGUUCAAGGGAAACCCUGCAGCAGUUUGUUUCUUAGAAGAUGAGAGGGACAAGAAUUGGUUGCAAUCAGUAGCAGCGGAGUUCAAUUUAUCUGUCACAUGUUUCAUAUCUCGCAUCACCGAGUCCCAUCACAACCUUAACUCGCUCCAUGGAACCUCAAAUCCACGUUUUAGUCUCAGAUGGUUUACUCCUGUUACUGAGAUUAACCUUUGUGGCCAUGCAACCUUAGCUGCUGCGUACACACUAUUUUCAUCUGGUUCGGUGGAAACCGAUGUAAUUGAAUUUGUGACGCUAUCUGGAGUAUUAACUGCCAAAAAGACAAGUAACACCGCUAGUGCCUCAAACUUACACAAGGGUGAUGAAGCUACGCGUGGAUUUUAUGUUGAAGUGAAUUACCCUGCUGAUCCUGUUAUAGAAUUCAACUCUGAUGAGACUUCACAAAUUUCUGGGGCUUUGAACGGUGCUUCCAUAAUUGAUAUAAAGAGGACACAAAUGGGAGAUGACUUACUUGUUGUAGUCACAUCCGGAAUAGCUGUGGAAGAACUACAACCACAAUUAGAUGCAAUUGUUAAAUGUCCUGGAAGGGGGAUAAUUGUUUCUGGGGUUGCUCCUCCAGGCUCGGGAUUUGACUUCUAUAGCCGAUUCUUCUGUCCAAAAUUUGGAGUCAAUGAGGAUCCUGUAUGUGGGGGUGCACAUUGUGCAUUGGCACCCUACUGGAGUAAGAAGCUAGGGAAGUGUGAUUUCAAUGCUUAUCAGGCAUCAGCAAGAGGGGGAGUUCUGAAUGUUCAUUUUGAUGAGCCGAACCAAAGAGUGGUUUUGCGUGGGAAGGCUGUUACAGUGAUGGAAGGGUGUGUUCUGGUCUAGUCCUGUUCUUAGCAUUGCAGAGUCUGUAAUUGCACCAAAGUAUCAAUAAUUGUAACUGAAGUACUGAACUGUUGCGAUACUUUAUUUUCGUCACAAAAUAAACCUGUGUUUAAUAUACACAAACAUGGGUGUACAAUAAGUUAAGGUGAAAGAGAAAUAUACGUGGGUAGCAGUUAAAUA